AGUGAGAACCACAAUUUUGGAGACCAUCGCCGGUCAUGGGCUGCAGGCAGCACAGGAUACGACCUGUGCGGAGAGAUCUUCUGGCACUGCUGCUCCUGCCCUCAGUGGGGGUUGGGCAGCCAGCUCCGCCUGUAGGUGAAUGCCCGCAGUCUGAAUGGGUAGAUCCACAGACUCCGCCUUCUGCAUGCUCUCAGCGCGAUUCAGCUGGUCGAGACUUGACGUUGGUGUUUUCCGAUGAAUUCAACGUCCCAGGCCGAACUUUUGCGGAUGGCCAUGAUCCUGUUUGGACUGCAAUCACUGGUUUUCCAUCAACCAACGACCAAGAGAACUCCUACGAUGAUUCUCCGCACCAUGCCACCACGAGCGAUGGCAAUCUUUGGCUGCGGAUCUCGAACCAGGAGAGCGUGCUGAAGGUGGUGAACGCUAGCAGCGGCAAGAUGGAAACCAAGACUCGGCCGUACACCUCCGCCAUGCUGCAGAGCUGGAACAAGUUCUGCUUCACCGGCGGUGUGGUUGAGAUCUCGGCCAAGUUUCCAGGGAGACCUGAUUUGCCGGGCCUGUGGCCCGCCUUUUGGCUGUUGGGGAACCUGGGGCGGGCAACAGUGGAGACGUCAGUGAACAAUGUGUGGCCUUACACGUACUCGCAGUGCCCGGCAGAGAACCUGGAUGCUGCCAACCAAGAUCCCCGGAAGCAGCAGCGGAUCAACCAGUGCCUAGGCUCCAACUGGACCUCGCGCUUUGGGCUUCAGCCACACCAGGGCCGGGGCGCCAUGGAGAUCGAUAUCCUGGAAGUGCUGCCCGGGACCUAUGCCCCGGACUACAAGAAGGAGAAGGUGGAGACGGGAAUCUGCAAGCCGCAGCUGGAGACCUUGUACAGCAAGUUGGAUAUGCCUCGGCCACACCUGCUGAAUACGCUGCAAGCGGCCCCGGGCAUUCCGUUCUUGGCGGAUCAGCGCCCUCCUGGGCCCCCGCGGCUGAACACCACUUGCGUCCCCGAGUGGGGCAAACAGUGGUACGAUGAGCUGCGGCCGGAUGCUCCCGGGGUCUAUGGCCCAGACUCGGCCAUCAACUACCACAACUACGGCAAGUACAUUGUGAACAUCAACCCUUGGACAGAUGUGGAGAUCCAGAUUGACUCCAUGGGUGCCAUGACCACUCUUCCAGCUGAUGCUUUUGAAAAGCAGCAUGUCUAUCGCUUGGAGUGGAGCACCGAGGGCAGCGGACAGCUGACCUUUUGGAUGGAUGGAAAGCUUUUGUACAGGUUGGAUGGCAAGCUUCUUGAGCGGCAGAUGGCUGUUACCAAGGACGGCGAGGCGGUUGGCCUGAUGCUGGCUCGAAAACUGCUUUUGGAGCCCGUAUCAAUGAUUUUGAACAUCGACGUGUCCAAGCAGUGGGGCUGGGACAUCGUGGAGCGGGAGUGCGGGGGCGAUUGCGGUUGCUGCUUUGACUGCGGCAACCCGGAGUGCGUCUCCUGCAUGCUGCAGCAGGGCAAUGGCAUUGAAUUCCUGCACAAGAUGUGCAGGACACUGCCUGCGACCUUCGAGGUAGACUACAUUAGAGUCUUCCAGACACAGGAUCAGCAGGCUGAAGACCGCAAGGGCUGCUCGCCUAAGGUGGCGCCUACGCAGGGAUGGAUCGAUAGCCAAAGCUCUCUCUUUGUGCUGCCCAACUUUGAUGCGCCUUUGCAGCCAGUCUAUGCUGGCGGGGCGCGAUGCCAAGUAGACACCAACUGCGGCUCCAACUCAGGCUCGGGCACUUGCCUGGACGGCGUGUGCCGCUGCCACGAGGGCUGGACUGGCCCCUCUUGCUUAGCCCGCCUGGCGGGGGCCGCCCUGGCCUGCCGGCCUCUGGAGCUGGAACUGGUGGGCGGCGGGCCCUGCUUUGUGAACUCCACGCACGACAAUUGCGGACUAGGUACCUGUGUCGAGGUGAAUCGCCCUUGGGACGCACCGUGGCAAACUGUCAAAGCCUCGAGCGGGCGCUUUGUGCCCGCGGGCAGUGGAGACGGUCGCUGCAGCUGCCCAAACGGCUGGAAGGGCCCCUUUUGCGCGGUGAAGGAAGAAGGUGAGGAGAGCAAAGGCUGGCACAACAAAGCGUGCGUGCCAGACUCCCGUCUCAGCUCACCCGAGCUGGAGAGGUUGAUCGCCAAGAUUUGCCGCAAGUGGAUCAUCGAUGGCACGGACAUUGGCAACGACAAGGUGUCAAAGGCUUGCUCCGAGAUCGUGUGGCAGUCUAAAGGCCAGUUCUCCACCUGUGGGACGUGGCCCCGCGCUUCCUGGCUGGUGCAGGCGGUCAAGGCCGAAAGGGGGCUGUGCUGCACGCGCCUGGAUGAUCAAGGACGCGAAAUCUGCUUCGAAGAUGACGCGCAGUUUGACGUGCUUGCGGCCGUGGCCGUGGGAUCGCUGGCGCUCAUGGCGGUGCUGAGCUGCCUUCGACAGGCUCACCUACGAGGAGGCCUGUUCUCGCGAAAGGCGGAAAGGGCCUCGGCCAAUGGGUUCAACAAAGAAGAUGACAGCACGGAGGACACAGAGACCGAAGAUGAGGCCAACGGCUUCUCAGGCAGUGACAGCGAAGAUUCCCAUUCUUCGCGGCCAUAAUGCGACCGGCCAUGACGUCUUCCAAGAACCAAACUUCUUGGCAUAUGGGAGCAAGGGAGCUAACCAACAGCAGAUCGACAAAGCUAUGUGCAUGACAUGGGUGGGGCAUGCCUCCAAGUA